AUGGAUCAUCUGACUAGUGUAAAAUCUGAACUGAGCCAAGGAAGGCGUCCAUUGUGCCUUAUAGAAGUUGAUGCUUUGGUUAACAAGUGUGUCAAGAGACGGCGCAGAGAUUCGUCUGCUGUUGUUGCACCUGCAGGCUGCAGUGAUCAACAGCAAGGUGAUCAAGGACCACAACAGCAGGCGCAGCAGGCUGGUCAAUCUACCGUUGCUACUACUACAACUGUGAAGAGAAGUUCCAGAUUUCGCGGAGUCAGCAGGCAUCGAUGGACAGGAAGAUAUGAAGCUCAUUUAUGGGAUAAAGGGUCUUGGAACCCAACACAAAGGAAGAAGGGAAAACAAGUUUACCUUGGGGCUUAUGAUGAAGAAGAAUCUGCUGCAAGAGCUUAUGAUUUGGCAGCACUAAAGUACUGGGGAACAUCAACUUUUACCAAUUUUCCGGUGCCUGAUUAUGAGAAUGAAAUUGAGAUAAUGAACACAUUAUCCAAGGAAGAAUAUUUAGCCUCUCUGAGAAGAAGGAGCAGUGGCUUUUCAAGAGGUGUAUCCAAAUACAGAGGAGUUGCAAGGCACCAUCACAAUGGGAGAUGGGAAGCAAGGAUAGGGAGAGUGUUUGGAAACAAAUACCUCUACCUUGGCACUUACGGCACCCAGGAAGAGGCUGCCCAUGCCUAUGACAUUGCAGCAAUAGAAUACAGAGGCAUAAAUGCAGUGACCAACUUUGACUUGAGCACAUACAUCAGAUGGCUGAGACCAGGAGCCAAUUCUCUUGGUUCUCAGGAACCAAAACUAAAUACAGAGUCUCUGCUCAUGCCAGCCUCCUCUAACAGCAUCCCAAGCAAGGAAGGAAAGCAGAUGUCCAACUCUUUCCAAGUAGAUGACGUAGACACCUCAAGAAAUCGCAACAAUUUCCAAAGGCAGCAGAAGCAGCCUAUGCCCAUCAGCCCUUGCACCAAGUCAUCAUCUUCCCCAACAGCACUUGGCCUCCUUCUUCAAUCCUCAGUAUUUAAAGAGCUGGUAGAAAAGAAUUUAAAUGGAGAUAAUGAAGAAAGUGAGAAGAAUGACAUAAGGAACCUUCUUCCAGUGCAGACAAACAGUGACAAUCUUAAGAGGAUCUUGUACAAUGGAAUGCACAAUUACCCUUUCACUUGUCCUUCCAACACCAGUGUUUUGCCUGCUUUAGAGUCGCAGGAGGAGAGCAUAUUGCCCUUGUGCAAUUCGAGGGGGCAGUCAAUUUGGAAUGGUGCCAUAAACAUGUUUUCUUCCCCUGACUUUAACUAA